AUAAUUCCAGAAGGGAAACCUUAUUUAUGUACUCUAUAUUUUUUAUUUAUUUAUUUAAAAUUAUUCUUCCAGUUUUGGAAAUUAUUUUAUUCUUCCUUUAAAUUUUUCAAUUCUUAAAGUCUCUAAGGUGGAUUUUAUAAAUUUUAUGAAGGUUAUAAACACAUUGACAGUUUUAUAGAAUUCGCGUCUAUAUUUUUUUAAAAGGAGAAGUUUUUCUAAAAAUAAACUGGGUCAAUAUCUUGUCUUUAGUAAACUAAAAAAUUCCUCUUACUAUAUUAAUCGGGAUAACCUUUUAUCGAAAAAUUAUUCUAUUCUAAAAACCUUGAAGAUGAUGUGAAAAAAUAACUUUCCUUUAAAUUUCCCUGAGAUCUUUUAUUAGAAUUAAUGAAUGUAUUUUUAUAUUUCUACUAUUCACUUUAUAUUGUAUUUCUGUCUAAAUAUUGGGUCUUUGUAGCCCAUAUUUUAGAAUUUAUAAAUGUAUCUAAAUGGGAUGAAUCCCAGGUUUUUUAGACUGGUACACUUAUUUCUUUUUAUUUAAAGUUUGUUUCGCAAUAUUAUUUGUCGUAUUUUGUAUGCUUAAAUUU